UUAGUUUAAAUGAUGAUCCAACCUCGGUAUGGGAUAAAAAAUAUUGUAAUCAAUAUUAUAAAAGCGUUGGAGAAUUCCAAGAAGGGUUUGUGUUUCGUGUAUAUAGCGUUGGGUUGCUUGCAAGAACUAAUUGAGUCGAAUUGGUGAGUAGCAAAAAAGUAAUAUGGCAGAAGAAAAUUCAGGGAAGAAGAUCCUAAUAACAGGUGUGAGCCAAGGUUUGGGAAGAGCCUUGGCUUUGGAAUUAGCAAAACGUGGCCACACUAUCAUUGGCUGUUCUCGCAACCAAACCAAGUUGGAUUUACUUCAACCCAUCUUCUCCAACAUCCCUCCAUACAACCACUUACUCCUCAAUCUUGACGUGAAGUUGGACGAUAAAGUUAAAGAAACGCUAGAAAUUAUCGUAGAGAAAAUUGGAGUUCCUGAUAUCAUUGUGAACAAUGCUGCAAUGAUCAAUGUGAAAGCAAAGAUUUGGGAGAUUAGCAGAGAAGAGUUUGAUGAUGUGAUUGACACAAAUAUAAAAGGGACAGCUAAUAUAUUACGCCACUUCAUUCCUCUUUUGCUUCCUAAAAAUAAAGGCAUCAUUGUCAAUAUCAGUUCUAUAUUUGGAAGAAUGGGAGUUCCCUUGGUUUCACCAUACUGUAGCUCAAAGUGGGGAAUUGAAGGAUUAAGCAAAUCAAUAGCAAAAGAGUUACCCAAUGGAAUGACAAUUGUAGCAUUGGAUCCUGGGAUUAUACAUACUGAAAUGCUUUUAUCCAGCUUGGGCAAUAAUAUUGCUUCCCAAUACCAAACUCCCCAAGAAUGGGCUUUGAAGGCAGCUCCGAUGAUUCUAAAUCUUACAAAUGCUGAAAACGGUGCAUCUCUCACUGUGGAUGACCCAGGAACUCUUCCAGACUAAGUCAAUUUCAAAUAUAACAACCCUUUCAUCGACAAAACCACUAAACAAAGGGUUGCUACUUUGUGCUUCUUUUCUGUGCCUAUUCAACUAAUAUUGGAGCUAUGGUUUUUCUUUUUUUUCAGAAAAUAUCUAUUUACGAUGGUCAACUUUAGAAUUUGUAUCACUUUAAACCUUCAACGUUUGUAAAUGUAUAUGAAUAAAUAUUGUGAGAAGAUUAUAGUUUGAUGGAUGUGAAACUCUAAACUUUUGUUGGGAAUCAAUUUCAUGUUUGUGUUCUUAA